AGCGCGAGACUCGGCGGGUGACGGCUGUGGCGGUGAUGGCCGCUGAGUCCGGGCACAUGGACAUGGGUGCCGAGGCCCUACCGGGCCCCGACGAGGCCGCCGCGGCAGCAGCCUUUGCAGAGGUGACCACCGUGACCGUGGCCAACGUGGGCGCCUCCGCGGACAACGUCUUCACCACGUCGGUGGCGAAUGCCGCCUCGCUCUCGGGACACGUUCUGUCCGGCAGGACGGCCCUGCAGAUCGGAGACAGCCUCAACACCGAGAAGGCCACGCUGAUCGUCGUGCACACGGAUGGGAGCAUCGUGGAGACGGCGGGACUGAAGGGGCCGGCCGCACCCCUCACUCCAGGCCCUCAGUGCCCUCCGACCCCCGCAGCGCCCGGCCAAGAGAGGGGCGGGACCAAGUACAACUGGGACCCCUCGGUGUACGACAGCGAGCUGCCCGUGCGCUGCCGGAACAUCAGCGGCACGCUGUUCAAGAGCAGGCUGGGCUCAGGCGGCCGGGGCCGAUGCAUCAAGCAGGGAGAGAACUGGUACAGCCCGACCGAGUUCGAAGCCAUGGCCGGAAGGGCCAGCAGCAAAGACUGGAAGAGAAGCAUCCGCUACGCGGGCCGGCCACUGCAGUGCCUCAUUCAGGACGGGAUCUUGAACCCUCACGCUGCCUCGUGCACCUGUGCCGCCUGCUGUGACGACAUGACCCUGAGCGGCCCUGUCAGGCUCUUCGUCCCCUACAAGAGGCGCAAGAAGGAGAAUGAGCUGCCCGCGACCCCCGUGAAGAAGGAGUCCUCCAAGAACAUCACGCUGCUCCCUGCCACCGCCGCCACCGCCUUCACCGUGACCCCCUCAGGACAGAUCACUACCUCGGGCGCGCUGACCUUUGACCGGGCGUCUACCGUGGAGGCCACCGCCGUCAUCUCCGAGAGCCCCGCCCAGGGUGACGUCUUUGCAGGAGCCACGGUGCAGGAGGCAGGCGUGCAGCCCCCGUGCAGAGUCGGCCACCCGGAGCCGCACUACCCAGGGUAUCAGGACAGCUGCCAGAUCGCCCCCUUCCCAGAAGCGGCGCUGCCAACGUCUCAUCCCAAAAUAGUGUUGGCCUCCCUGCCGGCCUUGGCCGUCCCGGCCUCCGCGCCCGCCAAACCCGUCUCCCCCUUGGCGGUGGGCGGGCUGGAGAUGUCGGAGGCGCGGAACUGGCUGUGCCUGGAAGAGAUGGUCAACUCCCUGCUCAGCACGGCCCAGCAGCUGAAGACCCUAUUCGAACAAGCCAAGCAGGCCAGCUCCUACCGAGAGGCCGCCGCGGCCCAGGCCAGGGCCCAGGCGGACGCAGAGCGCAAAGAGCAGUCUUGUGUCAACUGCGGCCGAGAGGCCCUGAGCGAGUGCACCGGCUGCCACAAGGUCAGCUACUGCUCCACCUUCUGCCAGCGCAAGGACUGGAAGGACCACCAGCACAUGUGCGGCCAGUCGGCGGCUGUGACCGUCCAGGCAGACGAGGUCCACGUCACCGACAGCGUGAUGGAGAAAGUCACCGUGUAAGGGUCCUCAGGUCCCCUCUCCGGGGUGCCGCGGGGCUGCCGCAGGUCGGGGACUUUGGAGGAUGUUGAGAAGGUAAAAACACUUGCUGGUCAAGUUGUUAACAGACUUUAAGUGACCUGUGCCCUUGGAAAUGAGCUCCUGCCUCCCAGAAGCCCUGAGGGAGGUUGGGCGGCGGCAGGACCCCGGCCCGGGCCCUAGGCGCCUUCUCGCGGUGCUCUUUUUUAUCCCCUGGUCUCCCCCUCGGGUGUGUCGUGUGCUGUAACACGCGUGUACAUACAUGUGUCUGUCAAUAAAACUGAUAUGUCUGCCCCACUGGGA